CAUCAAAUUGCGCCUUGGUCGCGCGUUUCUUCCUCAAAACCACCAACCACAGCCUCCCUCCGAUGCCUUCCCCAACACCGGGCCUCCCACGCCUCCGCCUCGCCGCCGGCCAUGCCUCUCCCCGGCGCCUGCUUCUCCAAUCCCUGGCCGUCGUUGUCACCUCCGGCCUCUCCUCCUCGCACCCGGGCCUCGCCUCCCGCCUCCUCAACUCCCUCCUCCCGCACGUCCCCGGCCGCCGCCUCCCCGCUCUCCUCCGCCUCCUCCCGCGCGACCACCUCACGCUCCUCCUCCUCUCCUCCCCCAACCGCCACUUCCACUCCCUACCCGCCGCCUCCGCGCUCCACGCCCUCGCCCUCGCCUCUGGCCACCUCCCCUCCGAUCUCCGCCUCUCCAACUCCCUCCUCUCGCUCUACCUCUACCUCGGAUCCCCAGCCUCUGCGCGCCGCCUCCUCGCCGACAUCCCCCGCCCCGACACCGUCACCUGGAAUACCCUCCUCCGCGCCUGCCUCCGCAUGGGCCUCUUCCCCGCCGCAAGCCGCCUGUUCGACGAAAUGCCGGAGCGGGACGUCGUCUCGUACAAUACCAUGCUGUCCGGGUACGCGGCUGAGGGGGACAUGGUCAGCGCCAGGAAACUUUUCGAUGAAAUGCCGGAGAGGGACGUGGUUACAUGGAACUCGAUGCUUGCCGGGUAUACUCGGCGUGGGGAUAUGGAGAGCGCCAACAAGAUGUUUGAUGAAAUGCCAGUUAGGGAUGUUGUGUCAUGGAACUCGAUGUUGGAUGGGUACGCCCAGGCCGGGGAUGUCACAAUGUCAAGGGUGGUUUUUGAUGGCAUGCCAAGGAGAAACAUAGUGUCGUGGAAUGUCAUUCUUGCGUUAUACGCAAAGGUGAAGGAUUGGCAUGAGUGUUUGAGGUUGUUUGAUGCGAUGAUGGCAGUGGCGGAAAAUACACCAAAUGAGAAGACAUUUGUGAGCGUCUUGACAGCCUGUGGGAACCUGGGUGAUCUUGAGAGGGGGAAGUGGGUUCAUGGCUUGGCUCGUGAGAGGUGGGAGAGACUAGUGCCAGACGUACUACUUUGCACAGCACUGUUGACAAUGUAUGCCAAGUGCGGGGUGAUGGAGACUGCAAGGGAGAUCUUUGAUUCGAUGAGCGAAAAGAGUGUCCCAUCAUGGAACUCAAUGAUCAUUGGCUAUGGGUUGCAUGGGCACAGCGAGAAGGCUCUUGAGUUGUUCUUGGAGAUGGAGAAGAGUGGGCCUCGGCCAAAUGAGACAACUUUCAUCUGCAUCUUGAGCUCGUGUGCUCACGGUGGUUUGGUGCUUGAAGGCUGGUGGUGUUUCGACAGGAUGGUCAGGUUCUACAAUAUUGAGCCCAAGGCUGAGCACUUUGGCUGUAUGAUGGACCUCCUUGGUCGUGCUGGGCUGCUCAAAGACUCGGAGAAGCUCAUCAAGAAUUUGCAGGGGAAGGUAUCGCCUGCAUUAUGGGGCACCCUAAUAUCAGCCUCUCGAACUCAGAACAACUCCAAACUUGGAGAGUUUGUCGGGAAGAAGCUGAUCGAAAUGAAGCCAACAGAGGUCGGCCCAUACGUGCUUCUGUCAAACAUUUAUGCUGCGGAAGGAAGAUGGGACGAUGUUGAAAAAGUAAGGGAGAUGAUGAAGGAGAAAGGGGUGGAAAAAGAUGCAGGGCUGAGCCUUGUAGGCAAAAGAAGUUUUGCUUGGAGCUUGAUGGAAGCAAGCAAUGAAACAGUCAAAGAAAGUGGUCUGGGUAACUGAGGAUCUGUCUAAGGACGCACGCGUAUUGUUACCCAGAUUACGGUAUUGUCUACUGAUGCUAUUCCCUGACUCUGAAUGGAUCAUCAGGUUACGUGACAAAUUUCGAGAUUGCAUCAGCCGAGGUGUACGUCAAGUUUGAGGAUUGGUUGGUGCGGAACGACGGCGUCUGUUGCAAGCUGCAAGAGGUAUUUAUUCUGAGAUGGACCGGUGGCUGUCUGUAGUGUUUUUGUGUGGGAGUGGAAUCUGAUGUGAUCUGAUCACGGCAUUUUGUGUACUCCAGCAGCUCGGUUGAGCCGCAACAGAUUGGCGCAGGAAGAGAUUGUCCAUGGGGCCCACCAAAAACCAAGAGACUAGGCUUGAGGGAGACGAGGCCAAACCAAAUGGGCCACAAAAUCAGGGGCGACGAGACCCAAAUUCCCUGGAUCGAAACGCCUCCCUAUAAAACCACAAGCACUCACGGGAGAAACGAAAGAAGAGGUCACAGAUUCCCCAAGAAAAGCCAUCUGUCCGCCGUCUCCUCGAGAGUUCGCUCACCUCUCUCGCCUCCACCUACUCGGAUCGAUCGCGUGCUCAUGGCGGCGCCUACUCCCAAUGGCAAUCCCACUGUCAGUUCUCUCACAACAACUGUUCCUGUUGAGGCGGUUCUAUUUGACAUUGAUGGCACCCUGUGUGAUUCAGACCCUCUUCAUCAUGUGGCUUUCCAAGAAAUGCUUCUUGAG